AUGGAGAGAAGGGAGAAGGGCGAGGUGAGCCGGCGGGAAAUUAAAGCGGCCAUUGGGAAGGCGGUUGAGCUCAGAGCUCUGCACGCGGCGUUAAUGGCGGGGGACUUCACAGGCGCCGCUUCCCCUUUUUCUCGUCACGCCCGUAACUUAUCUGCUCAGGAUUACCCUGUUUUCACCCCUAGUUAUACCGAUGAAGCACCAUUACCAGGAUACCAGCAAGUCCUCACGGAAGACGCCGAGAGUUGGGGCGACGAAGAAAGUUUCUCAAUCGGUCACAAGAUUACGGGCUUUGAUGCCCACAUAUGCCAAGCUUGGGAACAAAAACCCACGGCCCGCAACAAAAACCCAAGGUCCCGGCUGAACAGCAUGGAUGACGUCCAAUCGAUCUCAUCGUGCAACAAAUGCCGGCCCGCAACCAUUAGCAGUGAGCACGACGGGCCCACAAAGGCGAUCAAGAAGUCCAACAUCAUCGUGCCACUGACCGACUCCCACCUCUCCCUCCACUCAAAACCGAGAAGCAAGAACGCAGUUUUGUCAUGGCUCUUUCCGAGGCUAAAGAGGAAGAACAAGAACGGGGGCUCGAUUAAUUCGCCAGCCCGGACCCAGGCACCCGAUGAAAUUUCUCAAAUGCUUAACGACUUGGGAAUUGUGUCUGUUGAAAAUUUGAAGAGGGAGUUGAUCGAGGCGAAUGAGAGCCGGGAUGCCGCCUUGGGUGAAGUGGCAGGAAUGAAAUCGUCGUUGGGAGAGCUCAAGAGGAAGCUUGAGUAUUUGGAAAAUUAUUGCGAAGAGCUUAAGACGGCCUUGAAACGUGCUGUGCAGGUCAAAAAAUUACACCCCGCCAAUGAAAAACCCAUGAGAAGACGAAACCUGAACGAUGGACCAUUAGAAGAUCCCAUCUUGCCCGUGGACGAGCAAGUAAUGGUCGAAGGCUUCCUACAGAUGGUAUCCGAGUCGAGACUAUCCGUGAAGCAAUUCUGCAAGACUCUAACUGCCCAAAUCGAGCAUAACCAUGACCCGGCCCUAAUCGACAACCUCAACUCCAUCCUUCAACCUUACAACCUCUCCCUCGACUCUAAAUACUCAAGAGCUGUUUCGUACCAUAUAGAGGCUUUCAUCAACCAGUCGAUCUACCAAGACUUUGAGAACAGAGUGUUCCGGAAAAAUGGGGCCCCCAGGCACCUGGACCCCUCCCAGGACCGGCAGGCUCGAUUCCGGUCAUUCGUGGACUUGAGGAAUUUGAGCUGGGACGAGGUCCUGAGGAAGGGGACAAAAUUCUAUAGCGACGAGUUUAGCAAGUUUUGUGAUGAGAAGAUGAGUGGCGUGGUCAAGGGGUUGAGGUGCACUAGGCCGUGGCCAGAGCAGCUGCUCCAGGCGUUUUUUGUGGCGGCAAAGUGUGUGUGGCUGUUGCAUUUGCUCGCCUUCUCGUUUAGGGAGCCGUUGGGUAUUUUGAGGGUGGAUGAGAAUGCGGUUUUCGAGGGAAGGUAUAUGGAAGAUGUUUUUGCCGAGAGGCAGAGAUCGGAGGGGCCUGGCCGGGUCAAGGUUAUGGUGAUGCCGGGUUUUUACGUGUUGGAUAAUGUGCUCAAGUGCAAGGUUCUGUGCAGAUAUAAACCUCUGUCUUAA